AUGGACACGAUUUCAACUCUGGUGUGGGAUACGCAUGUCCAUUGCUUUGAUCCAGAACAGUACCCCUUCAAACCCACUCGUGCAUAUACACCUCAGCCUGCUUCUUUGGUAGAGCUUGUGAAUGCUUCUCUAUAUAAGCGACUAGUUCUGGUCCAAGCUUCAAUCGAGAAUGGGCACGAAGGCUUGGUCGCUCAUCUUCAGCGUGUUCGCGCAGAACAUCCCGAUAUUCUCGCUCGUGGGAUCAUUUGCAUGGACGAAGACUGGGAGUCUAUUUCCAAUGAUCAGUUUGAUCUACUCGACGAACUAGGCAUUAGAUCAUGUCGAGUUCAUGGACUUUAUGGCGAUGGUCUGGGCAGUCAAGCCAGUAUAGAGGAGCAGUUUCGUCGAUUUGCCCGUUCUUAUCCUGCCCAAAAGUGUGGCUGGAGUCUCUCUGCACAGUUACCUUUGAAGUUAUGGGCAUCUCUCAAGGAUUUUAUUCUUCAUGAUCCUGAAAUUAAGGCCCUUACGAUCAUCGCAGACCAUCAAGGAUGUGCCACGCCUUCAGAUAUCAAUACUGCGGAAUUCGAUGCAUUUCUUGAUCUACUGUCUUCCGGCAGGUUUCAUGUGAAGUUGUCUGCUUUAUACCGCCGCAGUGCAGGUUCAUUUCAUGAAAUGCUGCCCAUUAUACAACGAAUUGCCAAUAAUGCUAAGGGAGCACUACUCUGGGGCAGUGACUGGCCUCAUGUGGACAGUACCAACCAAUCACUUGCCCCAUCAACAAAUCUAGCGAAUGUUGACGUCUCAUCAGAGCUCUCAGCCUUGACAGACUGGAUCACUAAAGAGCAGUGGCACUCAAUGCUUGUUGAUAAUCCCGAACGUUUGUUUGGACGUCAAUGA